UGAAGCCGUAGACGUGAAGGCUCCUCUAUCCUCUCUAUAUAAGUAUCCUGCGUCUAGCUUCUCACCCUCCAUUGAAAAAGCUUCGAACUUUCACAGUUUAUAGAGAGAGAAAGCAAGAUACAGGGAGAGAGAGGGAGACAAUGGAGGGCAAGGAAGAGGAUGUGAGAGUGGGAGCGAACAAGUUCACGGAGAGACAGCCGAUAGGGACGUCGGCUCAGACCGACAAGGACUACAAGGAGCCGCCGCCGGCUCCACUGUUCGAGCCAGGAGAGCUGACUUCGUGGUCGUUCUGGAGAGCUGGAAUUGCAGAGUUCAUGGCCACUUUCUUGUUCUUAUACAUCACAGUUCUGACUGUCAUGGGCGUUAAGAGAUCCCCCAACAUGUGCGCUUCUGUCGGAAUCCAAGGCAUCGCCUGGGCUUUUGGUGGCAUGAUCUUCGCUCUUGUCUACUGCACUGCUGGUAUUUCUGGUGGUCACAUCAACCCAGCCGUGACGUUCGGUCUAUUUUUGGCCCGGAAACUGUCGCUGACAAGAGCGGUGUUCUACAUGGUGAUGCAAUCACUGGGGGCCAUAUGCGGAGCCGGUGUGGUGAAAGGCUUCAUGCCUUCUCACUACCAGCGUCUCGGCGGCGGCGCCAACACCGUGGCCCACGGCUACACAAAGGGCGACGGCCUCGGCGCCGAGAUCGUCGGCACCUUCGUCCUCGUCUACACCGUCUUCUCCGCCACCGAUGCCAAGCGUAACGCACGUGACUCUCACGUCCCGAUCUUGGCGCCCCUCCCAAUCGGUUUUGCGGUGUUUUUGGUACACCUGGCGACAAUUCCCAUCACUGGAACGGGCAUCAACCCUGCUCGGAGCCUUGGAGCUGCUAUCAUCUACAACAAGGACCACGCGUGGGAUGACCACUGGAUAUUCUGGGUUGGACCAUUCAUUGGAGCAGCUUUGGCCGCUCUCUAUCACCAAAUCGUCAUCAGAGCGAUCCCCUUCAAGAGCAGAAGCUGAAGUUAGACAGCCCAUGGGAAAUUGAUUGGAAGUGUCAUUGUAUUUGAUAUAUAGCUUUUGAGAUGCAUGUAUUUCUGGUUAUUCUGUAAGAGAAUUUGAGAUUUGAUGGAUCUCUGAGUGCUUUUAUGUGUGUGUAGUAGUAGUAGAACCUUUAUUCGCUUCUGUUGUUCUCCACUAUCUUUUGUUCUUUCCUGUUCUCCUUUAGAAUAUAAGAUCGAAACAAUAA